AUGAUUUAUAAAUAUGGUGAAGGAAAAGAAAGAAAAAUUAUUAUGUGUCAGGCACUAUUAAAAGAAACUGUUGAUGAUACAUAUGAUAUAAUUUUUAAAUAUCAGAUUGAAGUAAUAGCAAUUCUUAUUAAUGAAAAUGAAAUAAAGAAACAAAAUAAAUGUUAUCCUUACUUUUCAUUAAAUCUCAAAGAUAAUAAUUCUAAAAAUUAUUCACUUACAAAUUAA